AUGGAGCAAGACUGGGUGAUGGUUGGGAAAUCGAAGAAACAUCACAAGAGCUCGGAGGGAACAAGGUCGAAAGGGUCUAAUGCGUCACAACACCCGGCCGCCUUGAAUGUUGUAAAUAAUGAGACCUCGGUGCCUUUGAAACCGAUCAAACUAUCUCUCAAUGCCUCCGACCACACCGUCGUGGAAGGAGCUGGGGAUGACGAUGUGACUUCAAAUCCAAUCAGAGAUCGUGAAGAAGAGGGGCAUGCACGCAUCCAUGCUUCCGGGAGAUGUUCCCCGUCCCCAGACCCGUUAGCUAUGACUCUUCCCAUCAAACCUCACGAAGCUAACGGAGAGAGCUCGGAGGAGUCGUUAAGACCCGAGCCGGAAGGGGCGGAGAGUGAACCAAGUCCACAGAGCGGCCAUCUCCCUUCUACUUCUCCAUCGCUAUCAGGCUCGCCGAGUAGUGAGCCUCCUCCUCCUGCCAUUGCUCCAGCGAUCCGACAGGAGGGAGCCAGCGGGGCUGUGAACGAGGGUACACCGGGGACUACUGAGAAGAAGGUCAAGCACAAGUCUGGACUUAACUUUCCGCUACAUCCCACCAGCUGGCCACCAAAGAGCCUCUGCAUGGGAUCGGACAAGCUCAUGACGCUGCCAAACGUCCGCUUCCCCUUGCAGAAACCCCCGUCGUCAGCAAGCCAUCUGAAACAAGCUGCAUUGAAAUACUUCUUGAUCACCAACGUGAGCAGGCCGUGGAUAGAUCAAGGACCUCGAUCGUUGCAGCAGGACAGCGUGCUCGUUGACGCCAUCCGCGCUCAGACUCCUCUCAUCAUCAUCUGUGAUGGACAUGGCUCCAUUUCCCUCCUUGACAAGGAGCCUACCGAGGUCCCUGGGGACAUCAAAAACUUCUUGCAUGUUGGGGGACGACAAGCUGCCGAGAUUUGCAGUCAGACUAUCUUGCAGUUCAUGAACAAGAUCUUCAUGGGGACAGAGAAAGAUCCUGACGGGCAGCCUGCGAGGAAGGACAUGAGCGCGCUGGACGGGACGUACUUCAGUCACAGCCUCAACAAGUGGCUGCAGCUCGUCCCGAGGAGCAGCGCGAUCAACGCGGUCGUCUCCAAGGAGCUCCUCCUCCUCCCCGACGGCUCGCAGUGUCCCUUCUACAGGAGAGCCAACGGGUCGUGGGAGCACGGAGAGUUCGGCACUACCUGCACAGCCUGCGUCAUCCUCAAUGCAGCCGACGAGAUCAGACCCUACCGCAAGGUCUGUGUGACCGGAAACGUGGGGGACACAGACGCUUGCCUCUUCCGCUUCAGCUCCGCCAUGGCAGGACAGCGUGCAGUGCUAAAGUUUGGGCUGUGGCUGACGAAGGAGCACUCGCUGUACUCCCGGGAGGAGCGGGAGCGUCCCUUGGAGGCUGGCGGCGUGCUGUCGGACUACGAGGGAGGGGAGGGGAUCAAGUUCAAGCUCAAGGUCGACAUCGACAUGCCCCAGGGAGGGAGGAAUGCUGUGGCAUACGAGCCGACAAGGGGUAUCGGGCACGCCAUCGGACAGUUCCGGGGGAUCAUUCCUUCGCCCUCCAUCUCAGUGGUAGAAGUAGAAGACGGGGAUAUUAUCGUGGUUGGUACGGACGGGCUGUGGAAUGCGUUAGGGGGGAGGAGAAGACCAGGAGACACGAGGGAACUGGGCGAGGAGAUGGAAGGAGUUCUGCUUGCAAACAUGAAGAAAUUCUUCCAGCUGCACAGAGAGAAAGACCCGCAGGCGAUAGGUGGAGAGCUCAUGAACUUGGCAAAGAGGAAAGGGCUGCAGGAUAAUGCAAGUCUUGCUGUGGUGAAGAUUACUUCAUCGGGGAUGAUGGUAAACACGUGAAGU